CGAAAUGGGAGCCGAGGAGCUUAUCGCCAAGGCCGCGCCCGACACGGCCAUGACGGACGUGAGCAUGACCGUCGCGUCACCGAGCUCGAUGAAGGAGAGGGUGGCUAUCGAGGGCCAGGACGAUGCUCAAGGCGGCAAACCUCUGGAGGGCGGCCAUGGCGAUGCCCCCGCGUGUCGACCUCUGGAGUACGAUGCAUGCAUGAUGGUCGAGCCAGCGACCAAUGACGAUACGUACGACGUGUGCUUGGUCAAGGACCAAUAUGGGCUGGGCAUCUAUUUUACUCGAAGCGACGAGAUGGCGGUCGUGGACCAGCACGUGCCCUUUUACAAGCUACCGUCCGGUCUCCCGGGCCCAGGCGAAGCCAGCGGGCGCAUCAAGCCCGGCGAUAUCCUCGAGUUCAUCGAUGGACUCGAUGUCCGGGCGCAGCCGUUCGAAGCAACCCUCGAAGCGCUCCGCAACCUCGCGCUCGGGUCGGUGACGCUGGGCUUUCGGUCACCUGCCUACUUGCCGCUGGUCGAGACACCCCUUCUCGAGGCAUCCGAGGUCCUCGCCGCCGUCACGCUCGAAGAGCGCAAUCAAUGGCUCGAGAAUGAGCUCGCACGAGAGCGCAAGUGCCGCGCGCUCGCAGACAAGAAGGUGCUUCUCUACCGCGAAGAGGUGCUGCGUCUGAGCCAAGUCAACCUUGAGCUACGCACGGCGAUGGCCAAGGACGAGGCGAAGAAGCGCGCGGCCGACGGCUUUCUCGCGUGCACGCACCUCAUGCUCUGAUCGUCGUCGUCCCUCUCGCUGCAUGCAAGGUGCUCUCGGCUGAAAUUAUUUAAACUGCGUAAUCCAUAGCCCCUUCCGUCGUAGUCUA